UCCAACGCAUUCCAGUCUUUACUUGGACUCAUACAGAGACGUUUCAAGUCGAGAGGUAACACCUACCAACCCUCCACCUUGAAGAGAAAGAGAACUUUUGGUUUUUUGGCCAGAUUGAGAUCCAAGAAUGGGAGAAAGAUUUUGUCAAGAAGAAAGGCCAAGGGGAGAUGGUAUUUGACCCAUUAG